AUGAAUAGUAAUGAUGUCAGUGAUGUGAAGGGACGCUGGGAUGAAGAUGAUUCUACACGAGAUUCUCAAGAUACUUUUGAGACUACAUUAGAAUUCUCCUCAUUCAAUCGUACGAAAUGGAGUCUACUCGUCAACUGUCAUUGUAAACAUAGUAUUGAUGAUCCUGAAAAGUUGAGCAGUUUUACUGAAGUAACAAGCGAUGUUAAUUUCUCUAAAUGGAGUGACGGUGAAUCAUCGAAUGUUAUCAGCUGUAAUGAGAGUGAUGGAAUGCUACAGUCGGAUUCAAUAGGAAACUUCACGUCGAUUAAAUCAGAUGAAAUUCAACCAGAAGAUUUCAUAAAACCUGUGGAGCUCAAGGAAAGAUAUGAAGAGUUGAUUGAAUGCAUAGACUGUCAUCAGCCGGCUAUACAUCAGAUAGACGGGGAGUUGAAUACAAUCAGUCAGAAUUUAGCCUUGAUUGCUAGCAAAUUGAAUGAUCCUGACUGUGAUGCUCAUCUAACUGGCACGAGUUUAUCAACUACUGGUGCACUCUUUAAACAGAUACUUGGAUUAGAAGAGAUCGAGUUAGAAAUUAGACAAACUGACGAAAAUCUGUGUGAAAUAAAGUUUAAUCCGCUGUUCACUACAGACUCCUGUCAGACAGAAGGAAUUCAGAAGAGACUGGAGUCCACUGAAGGUGAACUAAUCGAUAUGCAAUUUGCUAUAGAUAACAAGCUAAAGCAUUUGAAGCAAUUCCAUCAGAGAUUAGAUGAAUUCACAGAAUCUAUUAAAACCCAAUUGGUAUGGAUAAGAGAACAAGAAAGUGAAUUGGAACAAUACACCAUAAGGCAUAAUAAUAACGAAUCCGAAGCUUUGGAGAAAGAACUCAAUGACUUUUAUAAUAAGCAUAUAAAAGUCAUUGAGUUCUUUCUCCAAAGCUUCGGAUUCGUUAUUAUUAUGCCUUAUGGUGUAUUGUUCCAAUUCACUUUCUUGUUCUCUUAUCCAUACCAAUUGGGUUUUAAUAGAUUCUGUGAAUUCAUCUAA